AUGCCGCGGCGCACCCGCACCCGGGACACCCGGGACACCCGCACACCAACACCAACUCCGCCGCCGCCUUCGCCGAGCCAAAACCCGAUUCCCACCUCAUCGCCUCUUUCAUCUUUGCCUACCGAUUCCUCCUUCGCCACGGCUACAGCUGAUUCCCCUAACGCCACUAAUGGACACCCUAGCAGAGGAAGUGGAGGAGCAGAAGAUGAAAUCGAGUCUGGAGGGGACGAAGCCACCGUUGUUAGCGAUAAUGGCCGAGACCGCACUGGUGACGAAGGCCGUGAUCCGCCACAGUACCAUAAGGCAAAAAACCUGCCACCCGAGCUGAAGGAACACUGCCGAGUCUAUCUCGAAGAAGCGCUCCCGCGACAGGCCAUCUUUCUCCUCGACAGUCUUCUAUCGACUCGGCCCACGGACCCCUACGUUCCAGCGUACUGCCCUCCUCCGAGCCAAAUUUCCUUAAUAUGUUCCAAUAUCGUUCACCCAGACUUCACUACGCGACCUAAAGAACCGGACUGGCCACAGAUUAGUCUCCAAUCUCUGGCAUACUUGCGCGACCUGCUUGCCGUCUUUGGCCCCCUUCACGCCGGCUUCAAGGAGUCCGUCCUCUUUGGCACCAAUGCGACAUCGGAUCUAGACCCUGACAUGAACGUCAUGGCACCUGAUGGUGAUGGCAACGGCCUAGAUGCAGACGAGCGCGGCUUGGUGCGCCUGUCCCCUCGGUAUGGGAACGAUAGUGUCUGGCAACGGGGCCGCGACUUCUUCAGCCUCGUAGGCUGGGCAUUCAAUUGUAGUGUCUUGUAUCCUGAACGUUGGCAGUGGUGGGCUCGUUGGCUCGGGUUCAUGUUGGACCUGCUGGAGAAAGAUGUCGAAGAGCGGCAUAGGCUUGACAUGAAGAAUGGCUCUGACGACAUGCCUCUACUCCAGAGCUCAAUCCUUGCGUCCUAUAUUGCUCAACGAUCCGGUCGCACAGCUGACGUUACUAUGUGGGCCAUGAAGGCGCUUUUUGCGGAUGGCGACACACCCUCGACAUCUGUUUUUCAGGAGGUGUGGCCCCGAGAACACAAGAGUCGUUCUCCGCUACAGCAACGUACCCCGAACAAGCGGAAACGGGAAAAUGUCAACAUCGACAAAGGCGAAUAUGGGGGCUACCUGGAUGAUGAGUCUGUGCACUCGUCACAAGCCUCGGAACCGCCAACGCCACAAAAGAAUAGGAAGGCCAUGUUAUCCUCUUUGCCGACCUUGGCAGACGCAGAUAUCCUUGAGACAGCCUAUGGCGAAACCAUACCGUUAAGGCAACGUUUGUUCUCGCUGAUGUCGUACUUGUGUUAUACCUUGAACGACACGUCUCCCAUGGACUUCUCGAACCUUUAUAAGAGAUUCGAGCAAAAGGUCAAGGAGCUUCCCCUGCCCAUCUUCUCGUCCUUCAUCAAUCACGCGACCUCUAUGUUGCGCGUUGACCAGCAGAUCGAGAUGUUGCAAGGCGUGCUCUUUCUCUUCUUGCCACCCGGCGCGUUGAGCCCUCGCAAGGUCGACCGUGAGAGGUUUGAGGACGGUGGAAUCUCCCCCGCCAUACUAGAACGCUGUUUUCUACCGUAUCCUGCCAAUACGAUCGAAGUGGAGGAUAAUGUUAAAAUGUCCCUAUUGCUCGAAAAUCUGUUGAUGCUCGUCUGGAGGCACAUAGAUGAUGGAGAUGGAGAGGAAUGCUUUAGCGAGAAUCUUACCCGGGCUGCCCGCACGGGAAUAGAGGCGCGACGGGAUAAGAUUAAUAAGAAGAAGACGCGUGGUGGGCGCGGGGCAGCUGCAGCAAAGGGGUUUAGUGAUGUUGAGGGAGAAGCCAAGGCCCUACUCGAGGCGUCGGAUGCUAGGCUUGCGUGGCUUUCGGAAGCGAUUGUGGUUAGCACCAGCACUGCUGCAGAAGCAGGAAACGAUGACGACGCUAUGGAUGAAGAUGGAUGA